CUGGAAAAGCUUAGUGCUAGAGUAACUUACAAAAAUUUUGGUGUAAAGGGGUUUGAAAGUCGUUCAACCUAUUUGUCAAACAACCAACUUGCCAUAAGCAAUGCUAUUCAGUCUCAGUUAGACCAAUAUCCAACAUCAGAUCUCGUUAGGCAGCGAAGACAGUAUGAAGAACGCAUUACAAAGAGAGAAUCAGAAAUUGAACGUUACUUGAACACACCGUGUAAACAGUACAGUUUGACCGGCAGUCAUAUACGUUAUGAAUAUAUAGAAGUAUUUUCAAAAAUCAUAUUUGAACUACAUUCUAUGGAACAGCUGUUUCAACUGAAUACGAUGCAACGGUUAUGUAACGUCGAUGAAACCGUCAACAAAUUAUUUCAACAAGAGUAUCCAGAAAAUAAAAAUUAUAAAAGGCUGUUAUUCUCCUAUAAUUUACCGCUUUACGCUAUGUGCACAGCUGAUGUUCAACAACCAGCUAACUGCUCUGAUUUAAAUCAGACUUUGCUUAAUUCAUUUGCCACUGCAAUGUCCCAGUGCCUAAACAGUGCCAAGUUGGAGAACUGUCCUGAGCCAUACCUUUCUCAAGCAGCAAAAUUGCUGUUUUCCAAGAAAAGCUAUCAAAUUAGCUCCAAUAAACUCAAUAAACCCUUUCAUAUUGCUGUCAUUUUGCCUGUUGAUGCCAGUUACAGUUACUACAAAUUUUAUGAGCGAUUACUCAAGCAACUGAAAGAAAGUUUUGAUGACUCAAACUUAAAAUUUGUUGGAGCGUAUUUCAAUGUAAAACCACAAACAUUUGAAAGAUUGGUUAUAAAUGACAUUAUUUAUGGAGUCAUAGCGGCUAUAAUGCGCAUGCAAUUUUUCCCAUUUCUUAAUCUCAUGGCCAUCGUAUUGAUCAUUGCAGUAGGUGCCGAUGACGUAUUUAUCUUUUUACAUCAGUUCCGGCAGGGACUUGAAGUAAUUUUUGUCGCAUUGGUUGCUGUAUUGCUUCAAAUUUUAAAGUGUAAUCCAUUUGUUAUGAAAGAAAUGUUCACUGAUAGAUUGCAGUUGGAAAAUCAACUUCAGUCGGCUAUGAAUGCAGCAUUAGCUCAUGCAGCUUUGGCGAUGUUUGUCACUUCGGCAACUACAGCUAUCGCUUUCUUCACCAACUUUAUUUCCAGCAUUAUUGUGCUCAAAUGUUUUGGUUUGUAUGCUGGUACAACAAUGCUUAUAAACUAUUUAUUUGUCAUAACAGCACUUCCAGCAAUAAUAAUUGUUUGUGAAAAAAGACGUAUCAAAAAUCAACAUAAAUAUUACCUUUCAAAGUUCAAUUUAAUUUGGGAUACAAUAAAAAAUGAAGUUUCUAACAUGACCGAAAAAGCAUGCGUGGAUUGGCCUCCAAAAAUUGUCUCCCUAACACGUUUUAUUUUAAUACCACUUUCCGUAAUAAUUCUUGUUAUCACUAUUUAUGCAAUCGUUAAAAAGCCUGGAGUACGACUUCCUGAAAAUAAUUCUAUGCAGCUACUUAGAAGUGAACAUCCAUAUGAAUGGUUCGACGAAAAUGCUGAACAACUUUUCGACUUUGCGGUUGGCUCGAAACGAAAAAUGAACAUUAUUGCUGGUUGGGGAAUUAAACCUACCUUCACAGCCAGUAGAGUAAAUCCGUACUCAAGAGGUGAACUCAGUGUCAAUGAUGCUUUUCCAGAAGUUCUGUCAAAGAAUUUACUUCAGUUCGCGAAUUUGGUACAGUCGUUGGUAGAACGUUAUGGAAACUCUAGACCUAAGGAUCUGUGGAUCAGCAGAUUUAUUGAGUGGGCAAACAACAGCGAUGCUAACUGUAAACUGCUGCUUGCUGAAGGAACGAAAAACUUUUCACUACUUUAUAAAUGUUUUCUCGAUUUUGGUAAAAAAAAUCCAACUAAUCGAAUUUAUACGCAAUCGCUUGAAACACUUGAUGGUCCUCUCUAUGUAUCAAACGGAAGACUUGUUGGAUAUUUGUUACUUACCCAAAGUAAAUACGAAUUUUCACUGAUUUAUCGAAAGAUGAAACAGUUUUACUUAUUCGUAGAUAAAGUGGAAAGGUGGAUUAAGAAUGAAUCAUUUGAAGCAAGUCUUCAUCCGAUCAUAACUGGUCCACCGGAGUCAACAAUACUAUACGAUCUGUUGGAACAAAUUCCACAAAAUACUAUAAUUUCUGUAUUUGUUUCAUUGGGAAUUUCUAUGGCAGUUAUUACUGCAACUACAUUUCGUUUAUCACUCUCAUUUUUGACGAUUAUUUGUAUUUCGCUGAUCGUUUUAAUGACUAUUGCAACAGUUUUAUGGAUUGGCUGGUCGAUAAAUGUAGUUGAAGCAACGAUAAUUGUGUUGACGAUCGGAAUGAGCUUUGAUUAUACUCUCCACUACGCCGUAUCGUUUAGAAGCUUAGGAGUUCAAAACUAUUUUAGACCAGUUUAUGCACACGUCACUGUACCGGUUCUGAUGUCUGCAUUAUCGACGUUUGUUGCGGGUGCUGCAUUAGUAUUUGCAAAUACUCAACCAUUUUUUGAACUGGGACUCUUUCUGAUGAUCGUAACUACUGCUAGUGCAUUUGUCGCUAAAUUUGUUUUCCCAUCGUAUGUAACUACGUUUCUAAGAUAA